CUCUAAGAGAGGACUGGUACUACAUUGCUGGCAAAGCCACUGCAGUGAGCUUGGUACAUGGCGGUCCACCACCAAACUUCCUCUCGCCAACAGUAUUUUGUCUUCUGGUCAAUGGUUCAGCAAAUCCAAAACUAGAAGACAUAGCUGACACAGAACUCUUGGAAAAAGUCAAAAAGGUAUCUGAAAGUACAACCCUUGAGGACCUUGAGAAGUCAAAUGCACCUUUGCUUGACUACUUGGCCAAUGCAGGAUGUCUGAGGCCUAUGCGGUCGAUAAGAGACAGGGAUCUGCUGGUACAAGACAUUGUCAUGUUUCAGGUCAUCCACAGGGUUCAAGGUCCAUUUCAAAGAUUCUGUGAAGGACUGAAAACUCUUGGGGUUCUGGACCAAAUACGACGACAUCCAGACAGCUUUCGACCCCUGUUCUGCUAUGAGCCGAACACGCUGACUGCUGACCAGGUGGAUGAUCUUUUCAGCAUUCGUCUCUCUCCAGAAGGGAGCAACAAGAGAGCUGCUGAGGAGAUGGUCGUUACUUUCUGGAGGGACUAUCUCCAAGAUGCAGAAGAAGAAGAAGGGCCAUCCAAACUAGAGAAGAUAUUGGCCUUCACAACUGGAGCAUCUGUGGUACCACCUAUCGGCUUUUCCCCAACUCCUUCUGUCCAGUUCAUUCACAAAGGAGAUGAUGGCUUCUCUACAUCAAUGUUCCCUCUUGCCAACACAUGUGUUAACUGCAUCAAGUUGCCACUACAUGUGUCUUACCAACUGUUCAAGGAGAAGUUUGACUUUGCAUUAGGAAACACAUAUGGGUUUGGCAGGGCAUGAACAUGUCAUGCUCUGAAAACCUUUUCUGUCUGUGUCUCACUUUCUCUGUUUGUCUCUACCUUUCUGCUCUGUUUUCUGAAAAAAGUUUAAAACGAGACCGUUAUUUUAAUUUCUGAAUGCCGUAUGCGAUAUAACUGAUGUAUUUUAUAUAGUUUCACCACAAUUCAGUUGACUCAGUCAGCCUAUGUUUUAAAACAUAUUUACAUUUAUUUUUAACAGCAUGUUUCAUAUUCUUACCAAACUUUCUUUUAACAUAUACUUGUUUAGAC